GGGCAUGCACAUGGUAGGUCUCGAUCAGGCAAAGUCAGUUAUUGUAGGGAGCUGCUCACUGCUCCUUCCUCCAUCAUCAUUCCUGCGGGGUGGGCCUAUUCAUUUCAUAAAGUUAGAGCCACAACGCGUGUUUCGAAGUCGUUUCUCAGUGGAUGCAUAUCCAAACUGACACUGAAUAGCCUACUACCGUUCUAGCCAAGAAGAGAACGGACACCGAAUACCACCGUUCUAGCCAAUAUAACGCUGGGGAUCCAACAGGUGUUCCGUUGACCGGAAUGGAGUACACUUAUGAUGUCGAUUUGGAAGAGCUAUGUCCUGUUUGUGGCGAUAAGGUGUCGGGAUACCACUAUGGACUACUGACGUGUGAAAGCUGUAAGGGUUUCUUCAAAAGAACGGUUCAAAAUAAUAAGAGGUAUACAUGUGCAGAAAACCAGGAUUGUAAAAUUGACAAAACUCAGAGGAAACGGUGUCCAUUUUGUCGGUUUCAGAAAUGCCUGAAUGUUGGAAUGCGAUUAGAAGCUGUCCGAGCCGAUCGCAUGCGAGGAGGCCGGAAUAAGUUUGGCCCCAUGUACAAGCGCGACCGAGCCCUCAAGCAGCAGAAGAAAGCGUUGAUUCGAGCCACUGGCCUCAAGAUGGAGACCACCCCUCCGAUGCUGUCCCCUGACACCCAGACAGACUACACCUUCACCGGCAGUCUCCCGGGCCUCCACCCGCUCCCCAAGGGCAUUCUUCACACCACCACGACCCCCAUCGCCCCCACAGACUACGACCGCAGCCUCUACGGACCCCCCUCACUGGGCAUGGCUAUGCCUGGACUCCCCCCCCAUGCACCCUUACCCCCCCAGUACCAGUACGCCUCCUUCCCCAGCAGGGCGAUCAAGUCCGAGUACCCGGACCACUACACAAGCUCCCCAGACUCGGUAGUGGGCAGCUACACCUACCCGGAGCAGGUAUACUCUGGACCAGGCUCUCCGCAGGUCCCCGGGGUGCCUCAGCUGGUGCUGGAGUUUCUGCGAUGUGACCCGGACGAGCUGCAGGUGCAGAGUAAGAUCGCUGCUCACCUUCAGCAGGAGCAGAGUGGCCAGGGGGGCAAGGGUCAGGAGAGACUCAGCCCCUUCAGCCUAAUGUGUCACAUGGCUGACCAGACGCUCUUCUCCAUCGUGGAGUGGGCCCGAAGCUGUAUCUUCUUCAAGGAGCUCAAGGUAGGAGAUCAGAUGAAGCUGCUUCACAACUGCUGGAGCGAGCUGCUGGUGUUGGACUUCAUCUCCAGGCAAGUCCAACACGGCAAGGAGGGCAGCGUGCUACUGGUCACAGGGCAGGAGGUGGAGCUGGCGUCCAUAGCAUCCCAGGCAGGAGCCACUCUCACAAGCCUGGUGCAGAGAGGACAGGAGCUAGUUGAGAAACUACAGACCCUACAGGCGGACCGCAGAGAAAUUGCCUGCUUCAAAUUCCUCAUCCUCUUCAACCCCGAUGUGAAGCUACUGGAGAGCCAGGCAUUCGUGGAGGGCGUCCAGGAGCAGGUGAACGGGGCUCUGCUGGAGUACACCAUGUGUGCUUACCCCCAGCACCAGGACAAGUUCAGCCGGCUGCUGAUGCGCCUGCCUGAGCUCAAGGCCUUGUCGGCACAGGCCGAGGACUACCUCUGCUACAAGCACCUGAGCGGAGAGGUGCCCUGCAACAACCUGCUCAUCGAGAUGCUGCACGCCAAGAGGGCGUGCGCUUGAGGAGGGCACACGUUUGUGUGUGUUAGUGUUUUUGACAAGAGGGAAGAGAGGAGGUGUGUGUGGGUGUCUACAUGUGAGAGAGAGAGAGAGAGAGAGAGAGAGAGAGAGAGAGAGAGAGAGAGAGAGAGAGAGAGAGAGAGAGAGAGAGAGAGAGAGAGAGAGAGAGAGAGAGAGAGAGAGAGAGAGAGAGAGAGAGAGAGAGAGAGAGAGAGAGAGAGAGAGAGAGAGAGAGAGAGAGAGAGAGAGAGAGAGAGAGAGAGAGCGAGCGAGAGAGAGAGAGAGAGAGAGAGAGAGAGAGAGAGAGAGAGAGAGAGAGAGAUCACCCUUCUUGCCCCUAAAGUGCCAAUUACUGAGGUCCCGGUCUCAGCCAUUCCAGACCUCAGAUCCAACUACAGUAUGCCCGAAACCUGGACUGGGUUAAUUCAAUUCAUCACCAAGAGUGAUUCAGUUGUAGAGAAAUGCACUGAGUUGAUUCACUCACCCUUCAGAGAUUGAAAUGUGAUUUACAUUUGAAGAUGAUGAUUCACUGUGCAGGACGUAGUCAUUCUAAGAGUCAUUCAAGGAAAACGAUUGUCAGAGACCUGAUUCAUCUGCAGUUCAUAUUCAGGCAAUGAUGCACUAGAGUUGUUGAACAGAGAUGCACUGUAUUGAUUUACAUUGCAUACAGAGAACUGAUUCAUUCUGAAUAAUUCCAUAUCAAGUUCCAAAAAACGAUCUUAUGCUAAAGACAUGCUAAUUAGUUACUUGUUAAUUAACUUGUAAUUAAAAUUCAUACUGGUUUACUCAUUAUGUAAUAUCACAGUUAAUUAACUAAUGACAAUCACUAAACAACUAAAGACAUACAUUUCAGCUGGGUAUAACCUACCUGAAGGGAUCCUAAAAGAGGAAUACCACAUCUAAAGUUAGCUGUAUGCUAAUGUUGCAUAGAUGCUAAUGCUACUAGCUAGGUUGACACAACCACAAUGACAGCAUUUUGUUUAAAGAGAGAAGAAAAAACGCUCCCGAUGCGUGUCUACGACGAGCAGUCUCUCUGAACCUUACUACUGUGCUCACAUAGCCUUACAAAUUCAGACCCCUGUUAUAUAGACUAAUAUUUAUAUUCUAAGCUGACAAUUCUCAGUUUCCAAUGCUUUUUCUUCUACUUUACUUCGGAUGAGUCUGUAUUUUAAACAUUUCGUAAGUCAAAUUUUCUCGUGUGGUUGCUUUUGAAUUCUGAUCUUUGUGUUUCCUACAAAAAAAAAUAUGAAAAAUGUAAAAGCCAUAGGGAGAUAUUGUAAUAGAAAUAUAGCUGUCACAGACUUGGUGUGUAUCAGUGCACUAGUGAAUAGGGUAGAGAGCUGAGGACAGGGAAAGAGAGAGAGAGAUUGGAGGAGGGCAGAGAGAAAGCAAUUUCAUUCUCAAUAGAGGUGACUUGCACUGUAGUUUCCCAUUUGCCAACAAGGACCCUGCUACCCCCGGUUAUGAAGUCAGAUCAAUGGAAAGGUCAAAGGACACAUGUAGAUGUGCAUGGACACAUGAGUACACAUGUAAAUAGUGUGUAUGUGUGGUACACGACAGGGAGUUGGUUUGGUGCGUAAUGAAAGAGAUAUGCAGCGUAGUACACCUACGCCCUCGCCACUUCCUGGCUGCACACAAACAAACACACACACACACACACACACUGAGGACAAUGACACACACUCAUCCAGGUGACGAAAAGCUAUGAAGAGAGAACAGCUACUGUACGAAAUGUACAAAUACGAUGUUGACUACUGUAAAUUGAAAGUGGAAAUGAAUACUGAAUGUCGUUGGAGACAUUCUGAACAUUUUUAUCUCUUUCUCUUGCUCUCUUUCUUUCUCUCUCUCUCUCUGUAGAUACAUGCUCAAUGUAAGUGAUAAAUUAACUGGAGAAAUGUAUAUACUAUACAGUAUGUAAUGAAUGUAUAUGACAUGAAAUCGUACCCAUUAAUGAAUGGUUAACGUUUUGGAUGCAGCCCUGAAACUCAUAACAUACAUUUGAUAUCAAUGGUAUAAGUUAUGGCAUGUGUGUGCACGCAUGUGCGUGUGUGUGUGUUUACACACCUGUGCCGUUGAGUGGGUAAGAGUUCUUAGAAUAUAGUACCUUAAUGAUGUGGCAAGGACCUCUACUAAAAUGGACUUAAUCUUUGCCUGAUAGAAAAUAACCAUUUACAGUUUAUCCAUACCAGAAGACAAUCACCACAACUACAUAUUGAAUGUGUAUUUUCCCAAUAAAAGUUGCCUCUGCAAUGCUUUUACUGUUUUGGGAAUUGAAAUUCAGUCUUUCACUAACUUGCACUCCCACUCCCCAAUAAAUGCUUUCUGUUUGGGCCUUGCCCCUGGACGCUGGACGCUGGCCCCUUGCCCCUGGCCCAUUGCCCCUGGCCCAUUGCCCCUGGACCCUGGCCCCUUGCCCCUGGCCCCUGGCCCAUUGCCCCUGGAUGCUGGCCCCUGGCCCAACACUCUAUAUUCCCUUGCUGAACUUUCCUCUAUUAUUUAUAAUGUUUAUUAUGUUAAAGUUGCUACAUCCAUUUUCGGACAUAAACAUUCAUGAUAUGACCCAUUGAUUCUUGAAGAAUGUAACUUAUAAAUGCCUCUUCAGCUUAGUUCCACUGUCAUACCCCAUCAAAAACCUCAAAAUAAGUUUGCUUUACGCCAACAAAUGUAAACAAACACUGUGUAGCCUCAAAACAUGGUUAACACUUUUAUUUUCAUACCAUGGAUGGCUAGUCCUUGCAUCCAUAGCUAUGUCUAUGAAUUUGAGAGUGGUAACAAUUUCUCCAGCCCCUCCCUCAGCUUUUUGCCAAAACAGUGGCAUGGAGUGCUUUGUUAUUGUUUCAACUGCUGAUUGCUCCUUUAAGUGGAGCAGACAUUUACUGCCUUGCACUGUGUGAUCUGGACAUAUGUAAUCAUGUGACCUCAUUUGUCUGAUACUUGUUUAUAUAGCUUGAUUUAAUCACAUGAUGUGUUUAUUUUGGUUAAUCCUUCUGACUGUGCUUAAUUGUAAUUGUUUCAAAUCAAUAAAAGCUAAUUAUUUAAAACUG